CCCAACUGGACUGAAUAAAAAGACAACAUUUCUCAUUAGAAACGCUUAGUCAUGUUUCACGCCUACCACGCGUGUGUGUGUGUGACAGUAAUCAUUAGUCAGCAGGAUACACACAGUUUGACACAUUUUGUCCUCUUUGGCCAGUUUGAAGAUUAACCGGAUGCAGUUGUUUUGAAAUUAGCAGCUCGCUGCUUUUUCUCUGACACACACACACACACACACUCUCACUCAGUCUUGUGCUGGUGUGCACGCUUUGUGCUCACCUUUACUUUGUCACCCUUUUUUAUGUUUGUUUUAUGUUUUUUUUGUGAUAAUGGGUGUCAAUAAAACAUACAUCAGCAUCGGUUAUGCCUCGUUUGGUGUGCUCAUUGGAUUUUCUUCUUUCCUGGUGUGGAACAUCGCGUUCACACAGCCGUGGACUGCAGCCAUGGGAGGACUGUCAGGUGUGCUGGCACUUUGGACCCUGAUCACUCACAUCAUGUAUCUGCAGGACUACUGGAGAACAUGGCUGAAGGGACUGAAGUUCUUCUUCUUCAUCGGGGUUUUCUUCUCUCUGCUGGCAGUCGUGGCCUUCAUCACUUUUCUGUCCAUUGCCAUCAACAACAAGGAGUCCCUGACUGACCCUCAGAGUCUCUACCUGUCCUGUGUGUGGAGCUUCAUGAGCCUCAAGUGGUCCUUCCUGCUCUCCCUGUGCUCUCACCGCUACCGCAAGGAGUUUGCCGAUAUUAGCAUCCUCAGUGACUUCUAAGAGCACUUUGAGUUCAAUCAGUAACUGCACAGACUUUGGAGCUCACGCUCUGUGCUGGCUUCCCAGCCUGAGAGUGUCACAGUCCAUGGCGGAGCAGAUAUGCAGAGGAAUCCCAAGAUAAGAUGAAAUACCUUAUGUUGCGGGUGAGCAGUCUGAUCUUGGUUACUCUCCUGCUGACUCCCAGACCUCCUCCCUUUUUCCUUUUUAAUGCAGGGUUUUCUGUUUUCUGUAAUCUGGCCCUAUUUUCUAUGGUCCUUGAUGCAUUUUCACUUCCUUCAUAUUCUGCUUAGUCAUGCAUUUGCACAAUUUCCUCCUGACAAAAUAAAACCAAAAUAUUGUCAUUUUUAACCAUGACUCAGUGGGGAGACUUGCUGCAUUUCAACACUUGCAAUGUCACAUGGUAGCCACUAGAGGGUGCAACCCUUUCAACAAUUAAACACAGUGUACAGCAUGUCUACUUGACAUCCCAGUUUACAUCCUAUGUAUUCUGGGUUUUUUUUCUGGUUCAGUGAAGAGAUUUUUUUUUUCCAUCGCCAGCUGCACACACAGUAGUCAGGUGAUAAAAUAUGCAUAUAACAGCGCUGCGGUGAACACGGCACUUUAAAGUUGAUGUCCCACAGGGUCAUUUACGUGGGCAGGUCAUCCAGUCCCGCAGCAUCAAUAUGAAGGCUUUCAUGUGCAAUUUUUCACACAUAUGCAGACACACGUCCUGGUUGGAUGUACUUCUGAACCUUGAAGGGGCAUUUUUAAUGUUAAGAAUGAUAUAUUUUUUUUGAAUUAUUUUUAUUCGUGUGGUAAAACACUCAAAGGGAAUAAGUGUGGGCUUUAAUUCCUGACAGUAGUGAUACCACAAAUGUGCAUUCAUGUUGCUUUGUGUUGACCUCAUCGUAACCAUUCAUUUUAUUGUUGCUUCGUGAGAUUAUUGUCUCUUAUUUCCUUUAAGUGUUCUCAUGUUACAUGUGAAGAAAGACAUGACGCGUACACACGUAUCACUUGACUGAAUGUAGGAGUGUGUGUUUGUGUAAGAGUGUACCUGACAGUCAUAUUAAUAAAUUGUUUUUUGACCUCC